AAAGUCCCAAGGAAAUAAUGGGCCUAGGAAUCCAAAAACCCUCAAGACGAGGAGGGAACGAAUGAAUAGAAGAAAAGGAGACUCAUCAUCAUCAUCGUAUCGUAUCUGCAACAAUUUCUAAUUUCGGGCUUCACUGUUUAGUGUAACUCUCAAGCCAUGUCUCCGGGUCCCGUUCUUGACGCCGGCGCCGACCAACAAAUCCCCUACGUCGACGACGCAUCCCUCAAGAAGAAACCUCACCCCCUGGAAGAUGACGCUCCUAUUGUCGAAGACGUCAAGGACGAUGACAAAGACGAAACCGAAGACGAGGACGAGGACGACGAUGACAAGGAAGAUGACGCCCAAGGUGCUGCUGAGGGUGGGAAGCAGAGCAGAAGUGAGAAGAAGAGCCGAAAAGCAAUGCUGAAGUUGGGACUGAAACCUGUUACUGGUGUUAGUAGGGUCACAAUCAAGAGGACAAAGAAUAUUCUUUUUUUCAUCUCAAAACCUGAUGUCUUCAAGAGUCCAAAUUCUGAGACCUAUGUCAUAUUUGGGGAGGCAAAAAUAGAGGACUUGAGCUCUCAGUUGCAGACGCAGGCUGCUCAACAGUUCAGGAUGCCAGAUGUGGAAUCUGUACUGGCAAAACAAGAUCAAGAUGCUGCAGCUGCAGCAGCACAGCCUGAAGAAGAGGAGGAGGUUGAUGAAACUGGUGUCGAGCCCCACGACAUUGAUUUGGUGAUGACACAGGCAGGAGUAUCAAGAAGCAAGGCUGUCAAGGCCCUCAAGACUCACAACGGGGACAUUGUUGGUGCCAUCAUGGAGCUCACUACUUAGUUUCGGUUUAUGUUCUAUUUGUAGUUGUUGAUUUUUGGGGAUGAUUUUGGAACUAGUGCCAUCCUUAUAAUUUUGUGGUAGCCAAACCAUAUCUCUGGUCCUUAUGGUUGUGUUUACCUUAUAAUUUUGUUGCUCUCUAAAAUUUGUGGUACAAUAUGAUGAUCAAUGAUCAUAUUCUUUUGUUAUUUUUACUUAUA